ACUACAUACAUGCGACGUCUCUCGUAUGCUCUCUAGUGAAAAAAUGUAGUAAAAAGUAAUAAUAUUUAUAUACUUUUCUCAAAUAUUACACUAAAUGUAGGCAGAAUUGUGAGUGUGUGUGAAUUUGGCGCCACGCAGGAGAUUUAUAGGAACCAGAAGACUUUAAAUAAAGCACCAAGCUAAAAUGCCGUCUACACACCUGAACCUGCGCGAGGACGACGUGGUGCGGCUCGCGCUGGAGUUCCUCCACAACCGGGACCUGCACAUCACCCAGCUCUCCCUGGAGCGCGAGACCGGCGUCAUCAACGGCAACUUCGCCGACGACGUGCUCUUCCUGCGACAACUCAUCCUCGACGGACAGUGGGACGACGUACUCGAGUUCAUCCAACCCCUAAGCGCGCUAAAAGCUUUCGAAGCGGACAAAUUCAAUUACGCUAUCCUCAGACACAAAUACAUAGAACUCCUCUGCAUACGAUCAGAAAUAAAAGCCUACAACAAUGUGGAAAACAUUGUCGACGAGGUCGUCAAAGUGCUAAGCGAUUUAGAAAAACUAGCGCCCUCUAAAGAAGAAUACUCGAAUUUAUGUUUAUUAUUAACUUUACCUAGCAUUACUGAUCACGCACAAUUUAAGAAAUGGAAUCCGAGCAACGCUCGCGUCCAGUGCUUCCGCGAAGUGUAUCCUCUAGUAGAACAAUUUUUGCCGUGCGACAAGAAGUCUAGCGGCACCGUAUCUAAGUGCGCAAAGAACGAUCGACUAAUGCAACUUCUUAUUAAAGGUAUAUUAUACGAGUCCUGCGUUAAUUAUUGUCAGGCUAAGGCUACAGGGUCUAAGGAGGCGCAGUCGAACGAGGUCAACUUUUCCAGAUUACUGGACGGUUCGGGAUUCGACGAGUCUGAUUUGAGUUUGCUUUCAUGGCUGCAAUCGAUACCGGCGGAAACGUUCAGCGUGCCUUUCGAACAACGAAUGCUGAAUGUUGAUGUGGAGAAAUUGGAGCGUCCGUCGCUGCAUACGUCGUGGACGGAGCAUAUGUUAGUGACGCCGAUUAAGCCUCGAACGUUCCCGCAUUUGGCGAUGCCGUUUAGGAGGCCGCGCUCGGCCGCCGACGCCAUGACGCGCUCGCUGCGCCCGCUGCCCGACGGUGCGCCGCGCCACCCGGCCGUUAUGGCCCUGUCCGCUAUCGACUACGGCCCGUCUUCGUCGUGUUUCGCCGGCUUCCAUCUGACAGGAAUAAAAGGCAGCAAACUGAUGAACACUUCCGUCGAUCGGUUGUUCGACAAUAAUAAUGGUGGUAGCAUUUUCGAUAACUUGGAUGAUACGUUAAAACCGAUCGAGGAGAAAUUGAAGCCGAUCGGAGAGGGAAAAACAAAUGAAGGGAAUAGCGUGGGUGCUUCAAACGCGACGACGCCUGAGCACAGAGGUCAGGAUUACUCUGCCUCGACGUCUAUAUCUACCACCGCGGCGUCGACUGAGCGCUCGUCUUUGGCAGAGCGGACGCCGCAGCAGCCUGAGUCGGCGCUGUUACCCGCGAUGGAGGGAGACUUUAGACGAGAACUGCUCAAAGAAUACCAGAUUCAGAAGCAACGGGAAUGCGACGAUUAUCUCCGAAAUCUUUGCUCAGCAGACGCGAGACAAAAAGGUAUGGAGCAAGGCGACUCUCCAGGCCAGCCUCCCGUAGCGAAGUACCUGCCGGGCGGGCCCGCCAAGCCGGAGCAGCAAUACAUGAGGAAAAAUGACAACGAUGACUCAGAUGUAAGAGAACAGACAAACGCACAAAAUCGAAAUGGCAGCCACGGUCUACCCAUGUCGGCGGGUAACAUGGUCGGUGCCGAGGUGAACGGCUCCCGGCCUACAUUCAAGCCGGUGACAGUGCUCGAAGACCUGCAGGCAGUGCGGUGCGCCGAGUUCCAUCCCAACGGGAAACUGUACGCCGUCGGCUCCAACACCAAAACUCUCAGGAUAUGCACCUACCCGAAGAUAGAUGAUGUCAAGGACAACAGCGCACCGACUGCUCCGACAGUGCUGCUCAAGCGCACCAAACAUCACAAGGGCAGCAUCUACUGCCUGGCCUGGAGCCCGGCGGGGGACCUCCUCGCGACCGGCUCCAACGACAAGACCGUCAAGCUGAUGCGCUUCAACAGCCACACCUGCAACCUGGAAGGCCAGGAGGUGGAGUUAACGAUGCACGACGGCACAGUCCGAGACGUGUGCUUCAUAGAGGACACGACCAACAAGACCAGUCUCCUGGUUAGCGGCGGUGCCGGCGACUGCAAAAUCUACGUCACCGACUGCGCCACCGGCAAGACUUUCCAGGCACUAAGCGGUCACUCCGGCCACGUGUUGUCAUUGUACAACUGGGGCGGAGCGAUGUUCGUGUCUGGCAGCCAGGACAAGUCUGUCCGCUUCUGGGACCUGCGGACGGGGGGCUGCGUUAACGUCAUCUCGCCGCCCGUCGGCAGUGCCACCAAGGGUGCAGCCGUGGCGUCGCUGGCGGUGGACCCGUCCGGGCGGCUGCUCGUGUGCGGGCACGACGACGGCUCGUGCGCGCUGCACGACGUGCGCGGCUCGCGCGCGCUGCAGCGGUUCACGCCGCACUCGGGCGACGUGCGCAGCGUGCGCUUCUCGCCCGGCGCCUAUUAUCUGCUCACAGCUGGCUACGACACCAGGGUCGUGCUCACUGAUCUUCAGGGCGAUUUGACCUGCGCCUUGCCGAGCGUCCCAGUGGCGCGGCACCCCGACAAGGUGAUCUCCGCCAGGUGGCACCCGGACGACUUCUCGUUCCUUUCGACUUCUGCAGACAAGACCGCCGUGCUGUGGACUAUACCGCCGGUCUAACCUCCUCAGGUAUCCGGCUCGUACUAACACAAAGGCGCUUUCCUGACUUGACGUCGCGGACAACUAACGCAGGCGUAGACGCGGCAAACUAAAACAAGGAUGGGUCCCAAUCAAGAAAAUUUACUGCGUACUGUUUCGACCCGCACUGCCAAAUCAGGAGAGGGCCUUAAUUUGUCUUCUCUGAGCUAGAACUACUAGUCACUGUCAUGACAUCAAGUUUCAUAAUUUCUCAUUAAUAACAGAAGGUCCACGUGCGGUUCGAAGUUGCAGUGUAAGUUGUGCUUGCCUCACCGAUCCCAAAAUUUAAGGACACUAUUUACGGUUGUGAAUUAUUUUGGCAUAUUGCGCUUCUGCCGUAGUUUUCCACUGGAGAAAUUGUUGAUAUUUCAUGUCCUCGUAUUUCGGGAAUGGGUAAAGACAAAUUAGAAAUGUAAUCAUGAAGCAAAAAGGAAUAAGGGGAGACCAAUGAGAGCGUACAUGGAUCAAGUAAUAAAUGAUAAUGAAUAUAGAUAUGCAUGGUCCAUUGUAGCAUCAUCGUAUCAUAAAGUCAUCAUACUAACAUCACGUCGUCGUCAUAAGGUCGUCGACUGCAAAAGGUAUCUUUUAACAUGGAAACACACAAAUGAUGUUUACUAAGGCUACAGUCAAGUACGGCCAAUCAAAAGAAGGGUCAAGCUCUUUAUGUAUAUUGUAGACAAAAUACGAGUUGUUUGUGUUAUAAUAAUAUUAUAAUUUCAAUUUCACGUUUAACGUCCUAUAAUGUAAUAAAGGCAAUGCUAAAUUAUAUGUUCUGUAAAUAAAUUACGUUUAAAAUUUUAUACGAAGAUUUUACGAAGGGUGUCUCGGGAAUUCAAUUUGGCGAAGUGAUCGAUUUUUCGUAAAUGGCGGGUGCUCCGCCGCCUAUGGCCUACAUGUAUAAGAUUUUUCAUACCUUUUGAAGUCUAUUUCAUAAAAUUUAAUUUAUACUACAGUGCUAAACGCUGCUAAAGUCUAAGUAUUUCAAUAGAACUUGCUAACUAUGUAAACAAACUACGUAAUUUUGUUUUAUCACUGUUUCUCUUUGUAUUUUCACACCACCACAUCAAAUACCAUUGAAACCAUACACAUAUACACUAUUGAAACGGUCCGUUCCGUAAAAUACAUAAAUAUGUACGAGUAGCUGCAUCUUGGAUAUUUAAUUAAAAGUUUAAAAUGGUUUCAUAAGUUAGGUUAUUAGGACCUGAUGGAAUGGAGGUUCUGUUUCUUUUAAAUUCUACAAUUGUCUAUGAUGGGUAGUGUUGUGAGGUAGUGACUAAAGUUUGUAAUAUAAACCCGCUACACACUACCCAACCCACGUUCUGUAGCUACCGCCGCGGUUAUAAAAUACAUCAAUCAAUCAAUCAUUCUUAAGUACUGAUUUGUCUUCUGAUCGUGAUUAAACAAAUUAAAAAUAAGUAACUACUUGUUUUUUACUUUUGGUAUUUUAUUAUUCGAUAUGGUUUGACAUUAGUAAAGUAGUAAGUAGGAGUCUUGCCCAUCACUAGUAAAUUGAUCAUUCAGAGACAAUUUCAAUAUGGCGGUUUGUUUACACAUAUAUUGAAAUAGACUUUAGAUAAACGUGGAGUGUCAGUUUUAUGAAUUGGUACUGGAUGUAAAGUGAGCUCUACCCGCGAUCAAUUCUCAGAGUUUUCACUGUCAGAUAAUUGUGAGCCUUAAUAAGAAAAAUAACACGUUACGUCUUUGUUAAUUGUGAAAACAUGAAAACUUUAUUAUUAAAAACUGAUCCAGAUGGCCAGUAUAAAUACUCCCGAUAAUAUAGUGCAUCAAGUUAUUUGAAACUUUACUUACGGUUUUUGAUACUUUGCUUACAGGAUGUGUUGUUCACUACCGUUUGCCGAUACUACAUCGCAAUAUUUAAAAGAUACAUUUCACAUGUCAGCACUACUUUGAAAAAAACUCGUAUCUUUUUCUGUCAACCAAAAGAAAAAUGUAGUAUCUAUGUAUGUGGUACAUAUAGAGUUACUGCCUUUCAACUUUGAGUGGCAGUGUGAGAUAUGAGAUUUUUUCAAAGUAGUGCCGAUAUGUAGUUAAAAUGGAUCUAAAAUAAAUGUAACGAUUUCUUUGCAAUUAUAUUUAAGUAGUUUGUAUAUAGUAUUUAUAACUAUUCCAUUAUUUUAUUGUCCAGUGAUUGAGCUUCUCUGCCUAGGAUUGGAGAUUUAUUUAUAUUUUGAAGGAAUAGCAAAGGAAUUUGUUAGCAGAAACACAUCUGUAAAAUUAGGUACCCUAUGUUAGUUUAUUUUGUACUAUACAAUGGAUUACUUGUACGAAAUUUGUAAUCGUUUAUACUGACAAUUCCAAUAGUUAAAAUUAUACUUAUCGACCGAUAAAAAGUGACAAGCCCGAGAUUACGCCCAAAGUUAAACUUGACAUGUUAGCACGUUGAAAUAAUAUUCAAUGUGAAAAGGUGAAAGUGUGUGUUAUAUUUACUUUUACCACAAAACAUAUUAAGUAAUGUAAAUCACGUAUUCUGUUUAUUAUUUGUGGUGCUGUUAUAAGUUUGAGAUAAUGUGUCAAUGCGGGCCUAAGUAGUGUGCAAAUAAAUAAUAUAUAAUUUUAUUUCCAUUAAACAUAGUUUAACAGUAAAACAUGUACGUACAUCUUUUCCAGCUCUCAUGGUAACAUUUUGUAUUGUUAAAUAAGAAAGUUAAAGCGAUGUACGUAUUUUACUUGAUUUAAUACUUGUAUUUUUAGCUCAAUAUUAAUACGCGUUACAGUAUGUAUGUAUUUGAGUGUGUAUUAUAAUUAAAAUUUUAAUGUAAAUUACACUUGAAGGCUUCUUGUAACACAAAUACGGAAGGCCAAAAAAUGGUUAGAGAUUUUUUAAAGAGAAUUACUAAAACAUGAGAAUACCAUUGAGAGGUAUAAUGAAUUGUAUACUCGUAUUUAAUAGACGCAAUGCAUUGUAACCAGAUUGUAACUCAUACGAUAUUAAUUUGGUCUAACCAUUUCUAAACAGAAAGACGGCUCACUUGUAUGGCUCACAUGGUAAUCAAAUUUACUUCUGUCUCUGUUUUAAAUAUUUUAUAAUGUGAUGUGUUGUGAUGUGCUGUAAAAUGCUUCUAGCUUUAUUUCUUUUUUAUAGAUGUUAAAGACAAAAAGCUUUAAACGCAAAAAAAAACUUUAUUUUUUAUAUACGUAAGUAUUUAUGGAGCUUGCUUAGUGAUUAUCUUGUCACAAAUAUCGACUUAAUUCGCUUUUUAUUUUAUGUAUUAUUAAAAUAUGUUUGACUAUACGAUUUUGUACAUUGAAUCUCAUUUUUGAAACGACUAGUAAUAAAAAAAUACAUUAUAUUUUCUUAGUGAGAAAUUUAAGCUCGCCCUUUAGACUAAUACCAAACAGAAUUGUCAACCAGUGGAAAAGUUAGGUCAGAUUUCAUCAAGAACAUUUCCAGUCUCAUUUUAUUAGCUUCCAGGCUAAUAAAAAUUCAAUCCGUCAUGUAUUAUAUUACAAAUUUUCCUGUUCAUAAAUUUUUUACCUUACUUUCAUUGUUUGAAGGUUUAUUUUUCGGUUCCCUCGUCAAUGUCAAGUAUUUUACGUUAUUACGAGUCGUGUUGAGUAUGUGUUGUACGGCGUGGUCGGGUCGUUUUUGCUGAUUGUGCUACGAGUUCACAGCGACAGAUUUGAGGAUUACAUAUAUUUGAAAAGCUGCUGUCUAUAGUUUAGUAAGCGAAUUGAAUUUCGUUAACCAUCACAGUAAACAAUGUUAUAAAAAAGCUUUUGGGGUAGGUCAACGUAUCGUAGAUGUUGUUCAUUGGUUAUUUUUGACGGUUGAUAUGCUUGAAUUUCACCAUUAUGUCACUUUAUUUACAGUCAAUAUUGCUCGCGAACAUUUAGAACUGCAAAUUAAAUUGUAAGGACUUUAAAAAAAAAUGCGUCAUUUCUUUUCAUUACAGCUACAAUAAUUGAACUGUAGACAUCGCUUUCAACGUAAAUGAUGCGAAAAAUGUAUUUAUCUAUUGAAAUUCAAUUGCAAUAGCUACUUAUCUCUUAGGCUUGAUGAAGACGCGGGUUGUCAUGCAAUAUGAAUGAAUCUUUGCUAAGUAAUAAAGUUAGAGUCAAAUCUUAGGUUAAGAGAUGCGGCCUCUCCAAAGUACCAACACACAGACGAAUCAGCACUUCGUACUGGUGGCAAGAGAGGCGCUAGGCCUUCCACCAUUUGCUUAGAAUCGUAAGGACACGUAUGGUGUUAGUAGGUAAUUAUUUUUUAGUAAACAAAUAAUUGUAUUAAUGACAAUCUUAAAGAUUAUAACAUUACUUACUUAACUAAAUUAUUAAUAUAAUGUGUACUGCAAUCCAAUUGUAAACGACUUUGCACAAAUUUAAUAACUGAUAAUUAUUAUAUUUAAUUUUUCAUGUUGUGCUAGUUAAUUACUUACGUCGAGCAAGUACUUAUAUUAAGUAGUGUUUGACAAAAGGAAGAUGAUUAAAAACUUGUUUUAAUGAUUAUUAUAUUUGUGCUAAGUCACCCAUUAUUGCACAUAAUGUUAUUAUGUUUAUAGUAUAUUUAUAUAUUUUAUGAAUUAUAAAUGUAAUAAUGAACAUUAAUUUUUACUUGAAAGAUAAUCGAUGCUUUAGUAUUUUAAUAACUUACCCAAAUGUACGAGACUUAAGUUAACAGAAUUGACGAAAAUGUUCUCAAACUGGAUUUCGUUAACAAAAUGUAUCCGUUAAUUAAUUAAGAAUAUAAUCACAUUAUUUACUUA